GGCUGUACGCACCAUCCCCCCCCCCCCACGGUCAAUCACAGACAAGGGCCACCGGACGACUCGAUUUUCUCCAACUUUGCCCACCCUUCUACUCCGUGAGGAGUUGGGGGUCCAGUAAGCGGUACGGUGAAGUCACAAAGAGGAAACCAGCCCGGCAGGACUGUGAAUGUUACCAGUUGGCAGAAUGGAUGGAUUUACUCUUAUCGCCUCGGCACACCCCGAGGAACUGGUUCCAUACGAGACUGAGAUAUAUCGCCAACCCCAAGAAUACUAUCCUUAUCUCAGUGACACUGAAAGCCAUGCUUCCUUGUUAGAGCAUUACUGGGAAUACCCGGCCCCUCACCUGCACGGAGAUCUGGAUGGCUUCCCGGAUUCUCAGCUCACGGAACUGCAGAACGUGCAGGGUCCACAGCUACAGCAGCUGUACCGACACAUGGAACUGGACCACCUGCAUGUCCUGGAACCAGGGCUGCCAGGACCUCAUUCACACCUUCCCCUGGGACCUCAGGUAUCAUAUCUGCCCCGGAUGUGUCUGCAAUUCCCAGCUACCACCCAACCCAGCUCUGAUGAAGAGGACCACGGGAGACGUAGCCCCCCGUUGGAAGUUUCCGACGGGGAGAUGGAUUCACGAGAGCCAAACUAUGGGAUGUUACAAGGAGAACCAGGCAGCAAGAAGAAAAUUCGUCUUUACCAGUUUCUUCUGGAGCUCCUUCAGAGCGGAGACAUGAAGGACAGCAUUUGGUGGGUAGAUAAAGACAAAGGCACAUUCCAGUUCUCUUCCAAGCACAAAGAGGCGCUGGCCCAUCGCUGGGGUAUCCAGAAGGGCAAUCGCAAGAAGAUGACCUAUCAGAAGAUGGCCAGGGCGCUGCGUAACUACGGGAAGACCGGUGAAGUGCGUAAAGUGAAGAAGAAGUUGACCUACCAGUUCAGCGGAGAGGUGUUGGUGAAGGCCUACGCCGGGCGGAAACUCUUCCAUCAUUGAGUUUGACCAUUGAGCCCAGAAGAGCCAUCAAGAGCUUAACGUGGGUUCCUUUCAGUUAGGUCUUUGAAGUAAAAACUAAACAGUGGAAUAAGUAAGUUCUCCUAGAAGAACUUUUUUAAAAAAAAGACUGU